CAGGCACUCAAUCGUGUCCAUAACACCAUGCUACCCCGUAACUAUCCUUGCUCAGGACCUAUUGCGGCUCAACGAACGGUACCAGCAAGGCAAGGUAGUGCUAUAAGGCUGAAACCGAACUUGCAAGCCUGUCUCAUUCGUAGCUGCCCGACUUCACCUCGUUUGCGGAUCUUCCAACCUUACUUCCACACCUCUUUUCUUUCUUUCUUUACUAUCUUCACCAACCACCAGAUCUCUUACUGGUAUGCUAAUAGGGACAUGAUGUAGCCCUCAUGUCUCUGCUUCAUGAUUCCCGUGAGCCGCGAAAGCUGGACGUGUAUGCGCGGCCCUUCAUCCCUCAGUACAUCCGAGCGGUCAACAACGCUCCAGCCAACAUUGUGCCGUGCAUGCCGGCACCUUGGAUCGAUUUCGACGCAUACGCUCGUGCCUUUACCGGCAGGCGUUUCCUUACCGGAGAGUGGCAUGCUCGGCGACAAGCACAGCAGACUUCGAAGCCAUCGCUCAACGAAAGUAAAGAUGGUCCUGCGAGCGCUGGCAGUGACCACACAUCAGAUGAACUGGCGCGUUACCCAAUUGCACCGCAAGUGCUAAAGCCCAGGACCUACGAGGCCUUCUUCCAGGCCGCCAUAGACCAAGAAUAUUCCGCCCUAUGUGCAGAGUGCGAUGAGCACGCCCUCUACAAACACCCAUCGGUGAAGACUGCGCCUCAGUUGGAUCCGCGUCCAAAUAUGUACAGCCUGAUAGUGCCAGGCCUGCGUGAGGUGACCCUUCGAAUCGAGAUCGGAGACAUCGUUCGGCUCCGGCAACUACGCUUUGAUUGGAGCGGCCAAGUUGUAUGCGGCUCCUCUAUCACGGACAUGUACGGUCGACCAAUUGUCUUACCGCGUCAUGAAGACACUCAGCACGACAGCGUCGUCUGGGGUAUUGAUAGGCGGAGAGAGACUCUAUCGCUGCGUAUCGACUCGUUGGUUCCACAGAGCAUGUUGUUCAAUGCUUCUUUCACGGUACAGUCAAGGCGAAUCGAGGCCGUGUUGGAAGCCACGAAGGCAACGCAGAGGUCUUUGAUCGCUUCGUCCAAUGGAUGGCUCAAAUCGAUGCUGUUUCCGGAUUUGUCGGAUGGCCAACAGCAGACGACGCUGAACAAAGCCCGACCGUCAAUGGAAUUCUACGACGACCUGCUCAACUACGAGCAAUCGCGGGCAGUCAACACCGUGGCGAGUGAGCCGUACGGCCACGUGCCUUACAUCAUCAGUGGUCCUCCGGGCACGGGCAAAACCAAAACGCUGGUGGAACUGGCUUUGCAGCUCUUGUUACGGGAUGAAGCAUCGCACUUGCUCGUGUGCGCACCUUCAGAUCCCGCAGCCGAUACAUUGGUCCAGAGGCUAAGCGCACAGCUGCGGCCAGGGCAGCUCCUACGCCUGAACUCGCCUGCCAGAUCUUUCCCGGAAGUUCCGGACAAUAUACUCUCGUACUGCUGCAUUGCUGAUGGGAUGUUCUCACUUCCAUUCUUUGACGAACUCAUGCGACUUCGCAUCACCGUCACCACUUGCCGAGACGCCGAGUUACUGCUGCAAGCCCGUGUGAGCAACAGAGAUCUACACCACUUGGAGUGUUCGAUGCACAACGCUAUACAUCCACAUUCCAAGCCUUCAGCGCCCUCAUUACACUGGACGGCGUUGCUGAUGGACGAGGCGGCUCAGGCUACGGAACUCGAAGCCUUGUUACCCCUGCUUGUCGUCGCUCCUCCCGAAGACUUCGACUUUGCCGCUGAUCAACUGCCUACUUUCGUCAUGGCUGGAGACCAACAUCAACUUGGUCCCCGCACGGCUUCUAAAGCGACUGCUUUACAGACCUCGCUCUUCGAGCGAAUAUCUGCGCGGCCGUUUUACUCCGAGCACCCCCUCGCACGUUCCAAGCAAAAUGGCGGCGUUAUGCGUCCUCUCACUCAAGACAUGCUCCCUAUCCUACGACCGGCUUUCACCAGCCUCAUCCGCAAUUACCGCUCACAUCCCGCUAUCCUGGCCAUACCUUCGUCACUGUUCUACAACGAUACACUCGAACCAGAAGCAACAGAUGUUGACGCUUUGACCACUUCGACAUGCUGGCAAGGUAAAGGCUGGCCUGUGCUAUUCGUCAGCCACGCCAACACCGACGAAAUCGAACAAGACGGCGGGGGGUGGUACAAUGUGCAAGAAGCGCAGAUUGCGUGCCGCUAUGCGAAGUCGUUCCUCGACUCGGGACUUCUCCAGCCAGACGAGAUCUGCAUCAUGAGCCCUUUCUCCGCCCAAGUGAGACUACUCCGAAAAGUCGCCAGGGGUCCGCCUUUCUCCAUGCGAGCAGUCAACAUCGGCCCGCUCGAAGCUUUCCAAGGCCUGGAGUCCCGUCUCGUAAUCAUCUGCACAACUCGGACUCGAGAUAGAUUCAUCGACCAAGACAUCUCGAAAGGCCUAGGGGUCAUUCACGAGCCGAGGAGAUUCAAUGUCGCCCUCACGCGAGCGAAGCAUGGGCUCAUCGUGAUUGGGAAUCCGCAUGUGCUCUGCCAGGACGACGAUUGGCGGGUGUUUAUGGCUUUUUGCCGUCGGAAUGGAUUGUGGGAUGAGCGUCAGAAGGAGGGGUGGCAGCCACCGCGCGGCCGGAGAAUGAAGACUACCAGGUUAGAAAAACAGCUGCUGCGCAUGGGAGCGGAUGCUGGUGAUCCAGAUUCGACACUCGAGAAUGGCGUGCGGCAGCUUGGACUGGCAAACGAUGAGGAGACUGUCUUGUGGAGGUCGGGAGUAGCUGCAGCUAGGCUCUUGGAGGAGGAGCAGGAGGAGGAGAAGGAGGAG